CUGACGUAGGACGAGUGCACAACAAACAGUUGUUGGACUUCAACAGGCUAGCGAAGGAGAACGUUGGAGCAAAAAAAAAAAAAAGCAGGCUCAGCUGACUCCUCCCGGAGCCGGGGAUACCGCGGAGAGCCGAAUGGUGGGAAUAUCGCGACCCGUAAUCUCCCGACAGUAAGCAGCGGCCGUCCAGGCACGUUUCCUGAGCGCCGAGCUUAGCCACCGAGGCAUGUCCACCGCUCGGAGUGUGACGCCUGUUUUUUCCGCCGCCGCCGCUGGCUGAAGGGGCUGUGAUGCGAGCAGAGAGAGUUGCGCCACGACAGAGGGUGAGACCACGAGCUGCGGAGGGAGUAUAUUUCUUCUUCUUCUCGUCGCGGAAGAAUGAACCCGGAGAAACUGGCGGGUCGGCGUGAAGAAGCAGGCGUGCCGCCGCACUCGGGCCUGGACGUCGUUGUUGGACAACAACUUUAGCAAAGCUAGCAGCCGCCGCCGCGUUAGCUCGCUGUAAUUCACGUUGAUGACUUGGUCCCCGUAAGCUCCACCGGGCGACCCGUCGGUUCCAGUGGAUUGGCCUGGCCCCGUUUAUUCCCGGCGCUGACAUGUUGACGACCAAGGAGCCUUCCGGCGCUUCGCACACGGAGCAAUAGGGGACAGGACCGGCAGGAAUCUAGCCCCCUUUUACCUGGCCGCUGGUAGUCAGGCUCUCUGCUUUAGUUUAUCAAGACAACGGUGACGUUUUGCACAGGAAAAAAACAAUUGUUGAUGACAUUUAAACAACAACAACAACAAAAAAAAUUGCACUUUAUUUUCUCGUGUUUAUCGCAAAGUCACAUGUUGACGGUUGUUUCUUGAAGUGUGUUCUUGUCACCUCCAGAAACGAAACCAAACGAGCGCAGAUAGGCAUUUCUCACGCACUGGAGCUCUGUUUUGUUUUGUUUUUUCCCCCCUUCCAGUGGAUGACCAAAACGAGGUUCUCCUCAGCUUUAAAGCAAGAGACAAAACCUCCAGUCUGUUUCAGGUCGAGCAGCAAUCUGAAAUGUAAACAUGAAUUUCCAAGAGCAGCGUCUAGAUGUGUGUAAUGUCAAGACAAAAGCCAACGUGGACGAUGAUCGCAACACUACCAACAGCACAGAAGGGGUCACCCCUCGCAUUUCUGAGCUGAUGACCGACUCCCCGAAGCAGACCAGCGUUCCCACAGAGGCCUCUGAGACCUACAUCAUGCCCCAACUCACUGACAAUCUCCAGACUGCUGAGGAAGGUCACCUGCAGGCACAAGACACACUGGAAAUCGAUGAGGUCAACGGAAACAAAAAGAGCUGUGUUGCCCCGGACCCCCCUGCUGUUGAUAAUCCCACUGACUUGAUCUCGUCUAACGAUGAGCAAUACAAGACUGUUAAGGAGGAGGAGGAGGAGGAGGUGGUGAGCAUGAAGGAGGGAAGGGACAGCCACUCGGCAAAAGCUGACCCCGAGGUAGGGGACGAUGGCGUGGACAUGGACAUCGGGGUGGAUCUGAGCCUCGACGAGACCGGGGUGCUGGAGGCUGAAUCCGCGAGCGUUGCGUCGAUCUCAGAUAACGCCUUGGACUCCGAGUCCAGUCCUCAGGAUGUCCGAGCUGGCAGGACGGCAGAUGGCCAGGCGAGCGCAACGGAGGCCGAGGCGUCCGCCGCCGAUCCGGCGGGACUGUAUCCCUUGGUGGAGGAGGGGGAGGAGAAGCAGAGACAGAGUGGAAAAAGGGUGACGUUUCCAUCAGAUGAGGAUAUUGUUUCCGGAGCGGUGGAGCCGAAGGACCCCUGGAGACAUGCGCUGAAUGUGACGGUGGAGGAGAUCAUCUCUUCCUAUAAAGAGGCCUGUCAGAAACUCAACUGUAAACCUAUCCCCAAAGUGCUCAAACAAAUACAGGAACUGAAAGACCUGACUCAGCGAAACGAAUGCUUGGAUCUGAAAGGUGAGAAGUUGGACUACAAGACAUGCGAGUCUCUGGAGGAGAUUCUGAAGAGAGUCCAGUUUAAAGUGAUAGACCUGGAGCAAACCAACCUGGAUGAAGAUGGGGCUUCAGCUCUUUUUGACAUGAUAGAGUAUUACGAAUCAGCCACACAUCUCAACAUCUCCUUCAACAAGCAUAUCGGCACACGAGGAUGGCAGGCCGCCGCUCACAUGAUGAGAAAGACGAGCUCUCUUCAGUAUCUAGAUGCCCGUAACACUCCUCUGCUGGACCACUCGGCUCCUUUUGUGGCCCGAGCGCUCAGGAUCAGUGGCAGCUUGGCAGUCCUCCACCUGGAGAAUGCUGGUUUGUCUGGCAGGCCGCUCAUGUUACUGGCCACGGCCCUGAAGAUGAAUAUGAACCUGCGGGAGUUGUACCUGGCAGACAACAAGCUCAACGGCCUUCAGGACUCGGCUCAGCUCGGCAACUUGCUCAAGUUUAACUACAACAUUCAGAUUCUGGACCUGCGCAAUAACCACAUCCUAGACUCCGGUCUGGCCUACUUAUGUGAAGGACUAAAGGAGCAAAGGAAAGGUCUCGUCACCUUGGUGCUAUGGAACAACCAGCUAACACACAACGGCAUGGGCCACCUCGCUGGCGCACUGCCGUGCACUCAGAGUCUGGAGACUCUGAACCUCGGCCACAAUUCAGUCGGUAAUGAAGGAGUUCACAAGCUGAAGGACGGGCUGAUCGCCAACCGCUCUGUGCUGCGGCUGGGACUGGCCUCCACCAAGCUGUCCUGUGAAGGAGCUGUCGCUGUGGCUGAAUUCAUCGCAGAGAGCCCCAGACUGCUGCGUCUGGACCUUCGGGAGAAUGAGAUCAAGACCGGUGGCCUGAUGGCGCUGUCGCUCGCGCUGAAGGUCAACAACUCGCUGCUGCGGCUCGACCUGGACCGAGAACCCAAGAAGGAAAGUGUGAAGAGCUUCAUCGAUACGCAGCGCGGCCUGCUGACCGAGAUCCAGAACGGCUGCAAGAGAAACUUCAUCCUUGCGAAGGAAAAGGAGGAAACUGAGGAGAAGAUGAGACUGUCGGCCUCCAUGGCGGAAAUAGCCACAGAGGACGGAACGAGGGAGGAAGAGGAGGAAGAACCAGCUUCAGCUGAGACAAAGGGAGGAGAGGAGGAAAGUGAGACGGCUAAAAACAAAUCACAGGCAGGUAGCCAGGCGGAAACCAGCCCCGUGACGACCGUCCCUCCGAUCAAUCUGGAUUCUGACUCCGACACCGAGGAUGAGGAUGAAGCAGAGGUGGUAACAAAGUCUUCUUCCGUUGUGUCGAAUCAGACUGCUCCUCCAACCCAAACAGGGGUCAGUCAGCCCCCCCUCCGUGCCUCUCGUACGCCCUCACCCCCGUCUGUCUCACCCGUACGAGGACCAGGUGUAAUUUCCGGGAUAACGGUGACAGAAACUACAGUUUCUGUGACUCCUCCCUCGCCCGGCCGCUGUAUUUCUGUGUCGAGUCCCGGCAGGGGCCACAAGAUUUUCAUGGUGACGCGGGUGGAGAGCCCCCCCGAGCAGCUGCAGAAGAUUGCUCCUGCAGCGCCCUGCCCGUCUAAAGACUUGACAACGCAGCAGACGCAGCCCCCACCCACACAACCCCAGCUGACCCCGGAGGGCACGAAGGGGAGCCCACCUGCUCCGUCAGCAGACAGUAAGAUGACAGAGGAGACUCACAAAGUCAGACUAGAGCCUGAAACGGAUGCCGCACAGUCUCACAAACCCGACCCGCCGUCACCAGGUCAGCCCGCCGAGGAGGCAAAAGCCAGAACUUUAGAUCCAGCAAGAGCGGUGGAUCCAAGUCCGCAAACACCAGCGUUGCCUUCAAGUUCCUCAUCUGAACAGGAUGAGACUUUGAAGCCGACAAGCAGCUCUGAGCGCCCCCAACUGGAGCCUACCUCUGCUGAGGGAAGCAAUAAAGGAGAGGAGGACGUAACGGAUGGCGAGCCGAAUGAACUGAAUCAGCCCCAAGCGUCUGCGCAAGAACAGCUCAACACUGACCAGGCCGCAGAACCGGAGGCCACACCUCCACCAAGCCAAACGGAAGAGGAGCCAAGCCAGGAGGAGGCGAGUCUAGACCCGCAUCACUCGGUCCAGACUGACCAGCAGGAGCCGCCUGCCUCGGCUCAGCCUGAAGACGCCGCUGCAGUCGAUCCAGACUCACAGGUCAGAGACCAGGAGUCGACGGACGAGAGCUCUGCGGACGAGUCUUUCGUCGUGGCGCUGGACGGGGAGGUGGUCGGUUCAACUCUACCCAACGGUCUGAAACCAGAGUUCUCCCUCCAUCUGCUGGACGGUGAAAGCCCAAAGCCCGGCAGCUGCGUUAUGGAGCACGUCAGUGCCAGCUGUGGACAGGAACUAGAGGAGCUGCUCCUAGAGGCCAGCAUGGACAAUGGUAGAGAUGCACCAUAAACUGGGCCUGCGAGGACAGAUGGAAGCAACACUAAGCCGAUUCGUCAAGCUCUGCAACAUGACUGGCUGCCCUACAAUAUUUUUGUCGUUUCUUCACCUUAAUCAGCAACACAAUGUUUUCCUUAAAGGACAGAUGACUCGGUGUUACACGCAAAGCUCCGCACGUGAAAAUACAAAGAGGACGGUAUCAUCUGGAGCUCACCUAUUGACAAAUGGAGAGUCUCCUACAUCCAUAACUACGUCAUCCACAUGAAAGGCGGGGAAGGUGUAAGGAUCUCCCCUGUUAUCACUACGUUUUCCCAUUCUGUGAUAUUUACAUGCACCUCUAUGAAGCACAGGCGGAUCAGGGACGAAGGAGCGAGGCUAAAACACUAACCAAAGACCUUUCUGACAGCCCUUACUUGCUCUCUGUAGAUUGUUGUCGGGGGGGGGGAAUUGAUUGCAGUCACAGUUUUUCAUGACUCACAGAGACGUAACGGUGAUGAUGAGAAACAUGGCCGACCUGCUGGCUUUAAACUCUUGAGGUGGGAGUAAGUUGCUGUUAAAGGCUUUUGUAUCCAAGAAAGCUGAGGAUGUUUAUCCAUCUGUGUAAAUGUAAACGUUGUGUGUGUCUCCUGGCCUCUUUUCUCUCUCUCUCUCUCUCUCUCUCUCUCUCUCUCUCUCUCUCUCUCUCUCUCUAUCUCUCUCUAUCUCUCCACCAGAAAUAAAACUCUAAGGGACCUCUGCCAAAGUGACUUUUUUUUUCCCUGUGUUUUCUCGUCUUCUGCUCUGUUUUGGCCCCUCAGGAAUCUGUGUCCCCCAACUUACUGACAUGGAGAACAUUAAACCCUACGUUUUGCACGAUUGAAACUAAUUUAACAUUUGGAUUUUACCCCCCGUUUAACAAACAUGCACAAAUCCUAACUAAAAACCUACGUCACUUUAAGGAAAAGACGGAUUAGAAAUUUGCUUUGUUUCUUUCUCAAAUCCCUGCAGCUCCAAACUCCUUGCUAUGCGAUCCUCCUUUUUUUUUUUUUUUUUUUCUUCCUCUUUUCACCCUUUAUUCAUAUUGCCUUCAGCGUCUCACCAAUGCUUGUUCCCCCACAUUCAGCUGCUUUGAGAAAGGACUUAUUUUUGUAUUCUAGGAUGUCUUUUUUAGUUUAAAAUGUUCCCCGUUUCCAUCUCUGCAUCUGCUUAAUUUCAUCUCUUUUUUUUUUUUUUUUUUUUUUUUUUUUUUUUUUUUUUGUCUGGGCGUUGCUUUUGAAGCCGGCGUCCUUUUUGAUGUAUAUUUCAUAUACAAACUAGAGAAAAUAUUUAGAGUAGAUGACGUUUUUUGGGAUUGGAUAAUCUAUGUUGAGAGUAAAAAGUGGAUUUAAUUGAAUGGUUGACUACUGGGGUGCAGAAAGCUGUAAACAUGUCCGUUGUUGUUCUGCAGCAGCUCUGCUGAGUGAAGCUUUAGCCACCAGGGGGCACUGAUGGCUAUUAUUCUUUCAUGGACACCAGAAGGAGAAUUAUCUCAAUGCAGAAACUAAAUGUUUUAGAGCAAGUGGGAAAAACCUAAACAUUAAACAUCCAUGUUAUGUUUUGUGAUUUGGUUUUCCUUGCCUUCGUGUUUUGUUUUUGUUUUUUUUGUUCCCCUGAAGCAGAAACCAGCAGGUGUGUUUUCUUUUUCCCCCCCACGGAGCAGCGCUCAAUCCCCCUGGGCUUCUCCACCCAAAAAGUAGUUUGAAACCCACCACCACCACUGUUUGUAAUGCUUUAAUUUUUAGAAAUUUUUAAUAAUGAUUUGUUAACUUAAUUGAAAUGUGCUGGUAAUCACACGGAUAUGUAUGGCGCAAUUUGUUUCUCUCAAAUAAAUGCAUGUUAUGACUAAUUAAAGGCCUCCGUGGUGAAUUAAAUUAGUCGGUUUGGGAUUGUUGGAUUUGUCCCAUGAGAAGGUGAAAUAUAAACAGAAUUCAUGAAGUAAUACCAUUAAACAUUUUUCAUUUU